AUGACGGUCAAACACGGUCACGACUGCCUCGGUGGCGCUGUGGAAAUCGUUCCAGACGCCCUGCUCUCUCGCGAGAGCAACCUGAGCAGCGCGCUGGCUUCCCUCGUCGGCAAGAUCGAUGGCAGGUCGCUUCCUCAGAGCCCCUUCGCAGCCCGUAACUGCUCCGCCCCGAUUUUCCGAGCAAACCCUAGCUGACCGUCUACGCUGUCCAUCACUGUGCUCCACUCAGUCGCCAUCAUCGACGGCGCUACCGCGUUCGCACGUCAGCGCCAUGCCGCGACGGACCGGGCGCAACACAACGAGCCGAAGCGAGGCCGGCUGUUCCUCAAUGCGAUCAUUCGACACCUCGAGGUAGUCAUUGCAGCGACGGCAAGGCGGAUCCAAGUGGUCGUGGUAUUUGAUCAUCCCAUCCUUCGGCCCAAGCUCAAGCAGGACACCGUGCUCGAUCGCCUAGAUCGCCAGAAACCGCAAGAGCCUUCCGAUAAAUCGACGGAUUUGAAAUCCGGCUAG